AUGGCUUCUCGAAUCAAAACUGAGCUCAAGAACGAACCUAUGGAGUUCAGGCCACUCGGACGACGAGCGCAGCCAAAUCGUCCACCACCACCACGGCCACCACCGUUGCGUCCUGGGCAGUCCAAGGCGUUUGUGCAGCCGGAUGUGAAGCCUAAAGUCGAGAUGAAACCACUUCCAGAAGAUCCGCCUGGAACAUACAGCGAUUUUGUUAUCACUUCUACGGGCAUCUCCGAGUGGCGACAUGAUAUGAUGUCUUUCCGUCCGACUAGUGUCAAGAGCGCCGUCAAUCCCAUGGAAUGGCCACGACCCGUGAAGCUAAACCGGAAAGAAUUGAAGAAGAACUAUAAGACGGUAGACAAAGUGGAGCCCGCUAAGCCGCUUCUGGGACUGGACGGAAAGCCAGUUAUCGGACCGGAUGGAAAGGUUGUCAUGGUCGGCGGGGUCGAUGGGUUGCAACCGAAUGGUCGACCCCGGCCGAAAGAUAACGGCAAGGGGAAAGACAAGGAUCAGCAAAAGAGGAAGUUCAAGCGGACAAAAACGCGUCAGGUGUUCCGAGUGAGCGAUGAGGUCCGGCAACUUCGGCGUGAAGAGAGACAUCCAUGGGUAUUGGAGAGUGGGGAUGGUCAACAACUGUGGGAAGGACGGAUGGAGGAUCGCGGGCCACCUUUGCAGGUUCUGCUCUUCGAGAACAACAAGGGUCCUGGUGGAUUCUUGGCCGUUCCAUUGAACAAGUGGUACACUUUCAAGGAGCCACCCAAACAUACUAUCCUCACCUUGGACCAAGCAGAACAAUUUGAAAAAGAUAUCGCAAAGAACUCCGAUAUACAGCGGUGGAUGAUGCGUAGGACAGGCGGCAAAGUUUCCGAUGCGACGCAGAUGACGCUCAAGCGCGAGUCAUCUGCAGAACCGACGAGACCCCGGACAACUUCGGAUGGAUCCGUUCUAUCUCGGUCCGGCAUGCGUGUAUUACAAGUGCGCACGGGAAACACUGCCGACUAUAACAAUACCGGUGAUGAUGAUGAGGGAGAUGAGGGCGCUGCGGCUGCUCGGAGACGACGAGACCGGGGUGGUGGUGGUGACGGCGACUAUGACGAGUUCGAGUUUGAAGAGGAAUUCGCGGACGACGACGAGGGCGCUAUUUUCCCUGAAGACGAGGAGGAAGAUGAAGAGACCAAGGCACUUAAGGAAAAGGAAGCACGGAUGAUGCGUGCUGCCAAUGUAACCAACGACGAGAACCGGAUGGAUGAAACCGCUCAGGACGAGGAAGAAGAAUCAGACGAGGACGAGCUCAACGAUGCGGGCAAGGCGAUGAAGAAGGCAUUGAGGCUGUGGGAGAAAGGCGCGUAUGCGGACGAUGAUGACGAUGAUAACAAGAAUCCGUACUUGUCGUCCGACGAGGAAGAAGAGGAACAGGAAGGCACCGACUCUGGCACCAAUACUCCUCUUCCCACUGGAGUGCUUCCUCAACCUGGCACUCCCCCCAAACCCACGACCAAUGCCAAACCAAACGGAAGUGCGUCCAAACCCGGUUUUCGCCCCUUGUCUCGCGCCACGUCUCCUGUUCCUGGGAAACCAGCUACGAACGGGAUUAGCGGCGCACAUCUCCUGGCCCAGAGAGCGACGAGCCCUCCCCCUGGUACGAAUCGCGUUCCACCUGCUGGCACUCCUCAGCGCGCGCUGAGCCCCUUGGCCGCCGAAGCAGGCGGUAAGCGUGCUGGCAGUCCUCCAAGGACUAGUCCCGUCUCCGGAUCGCUGAAGCGCAAGGCACCGGACGAGGGCUCGUCCCCGCCAAGUGGACGCGCAUCCUCUCCUGGAGGGACAGCCACUUCUCCCGGACCCUCCACAACGCCCAACAAGCGUCCUCGCACGCUUCCUAAAGUCACCGUCCCCGCCAACCUUCAGUUCGACAAAGCGAUUCCUCCUGGGCCUAUCAUCGCCUUCCUACGCAUCAAACCCCGCACAACCGGCGACUGUGUCAAGAACUUCAAAGACUGGUUCAAGGAAGAUGGGCGAAAUAAGGGCGUGCUCAGUUUCUGGAUCAAGCAGAUUGCGAGGCUGGACAACUCGGGCGGAGAAGCGGUCCUCAAGCUGCAUGAUGAUGCCAAGUUGGCACAGAUGGGAAUCGAGUUUUGA